GGCCUCCGCGGGCGGGCCCCGGCAUCCCAGCGUCCCGCGCGGCGGGCGGCGCUCUGUCCGGCCGGCUCGCUGGCGUCCAGGCCGCGGCGGAGGCGGAAGAUGGCGGCGGCGGCGGCGGCGGCGGCUGCGGCCGGGCGUCCCUAGUCUUCGUCGGCGGCGGCGGCGGCGAGUUCGGCCUAGGCGGCGGGACGACCCCCGGGGACCCGUGGGCGGCAUGUCAGAGCAGCAGGCGGCGCCCGCGGCCCCGGGGCCCGGGUCGAACGGCGGCGGCGGCGGUGUUGGGGGGGCCCCUGCGCGCGGGCCCCGCGCCCCCACCCUGAACCCCAACCCGCUCAUCAACGUGCGGGACCGGCUCUUCCACGCGCUCUUCUUCAAGAUGGCGGUCACCUACUCGCGGCUCUUCCCGCCCGCUUUCCGCCGGCUCUUCGAGUUCUUCGUGCUGCUCAAGGCCCUGUUUGUCCUCUUCGUGCUGGCCUACAUCCACAUGGUGUUCUCGAGGUCACCGGUCAGCUGUCUGGAGCACGUGCGGGAGCAGUGGCCGCGCGAGGGGGUGCUCCGCGUGGAGGUUCAGCACAACUCCAGCCGCGCGCCCGUCUUCCUGCAGUUCUGCCCCGGCGCGCCCGCCGCCGCCCGCGCUCCCUUCCCCGGCCUGGCGCUGGAGCCCAGCGGGCUGGAGCUGGACGACGAGGAGGAGCUCACGGUGGACAUGUUCGCCAACCGCUCCAUCCAGUUUGAGCUGGACAUUGAGCCCAAAGUGUUCUCGGCCCUGGGCAGCGCCGAGGCCAACGCCAGCCAGGACUUCCCCUUCCCCGAGACAGCCGGCAAAGCGUGGGCCCAGGACGAGUACAUCGUGGAGUACUCCCUUGAGUAUGGCUUCCUGCGCCUGUCCCAGGCCACCCGCCAGCGCCUCAGCAUCCCCGUCAUGGUGGUCACCCUGGACCCCACGCGGGACCAGUGCUUCGGGGACCGCUUCAGCCGCCUGCUGCUGGCCGAGUUCCUGGGCUACGACGACAUCCUCAUGUCCAGUGUCAAGGGCUUGGCGGAGGACGAGGAGAACAAGGGCUUCCUGCGCAACGUGGUGUCCGGAGAGCACUACCGCUUCGUCAGCAUGUGGAUGGCACGCACCUCCUACCUGGCCGCCUUCGUCAUCAUGGUCAUCUUCACCCUGAGCGUGUCCAUGCUGCUGCGUUACUCCCACCACCAGAUCUUUGUCUUUAUCGGUGAGUGCCCACCCGCCGCGCGUGUCUGUGUGCCCACGGUCAGGUCCGUGUGCCUGUGUGUCUGUCCGCGUGUGCCCCGCCCCCCCCACUCACGCACCUGGCGGCCCGCAGUGGACCUGCUGCAGAUGCUGGAGAUGAACAUGACCAUCGCCUUCCCGGCCACGCCCCUGCUCACCGUCAUCCUGGCCCUCGUAGGCAUGGAGGCCAUCAUGUCCGAGUUCUUCAAUGACACCACCACGGCUUUCUACAUCAUCCUUAUCGUGUGGCUGGCUGACCAGUACGACGCCAUCUGCUGCCACACCAGCACCAGCCGCCGCCAUUGGCUCAGGUUCUUCUACCUGUACCACUUCGCCUUCUACGCCUACCACUACCGCUUCAACGGGCAGUACAGCAGCCUGGCCCUGGUCACCUCCUGGCUCUUCAUCCAGCACUCCAUGAUCUACUUCUUCCACCACUACGAGCUGCCGGCCAUUCUGCAGCAGGUCCGCGUCCAGGAGCUGCUGCUGCUACAGGCGCCCCCGCUGGGCCCCGGUGUGCCCACCGCGCUGCCGGACGACCUCAACAACAACGCCGCCUCCGUGCCCGCGCCCGCCGGCCGGCCCCCCGCCCUGGCCUCUCCGGGUGCCGGCGGAGGCCCUGUUGCCGCCGACGAGGCACCCAGCUCCCUGGUGGUGGCAGCCGCCUCAGUGGCGGCGGCGGCCAGCAGCGACCUGGGCUGGGUGGCCGAGACGGCCGCCAUCAUCACAGACGCCUCCUUCCUGUCGGGUCUCGGCGCCUCCCUGCUGGACCGCCGUGUGGCCGCUGGUGCCCUGAGCCCGGCUGGAGGCCUCCCACGGCCCCCGCAGGACAGCAGCCCUCCCACAGCGCCCCCGGUGGCGGCAGAGAGCAGACCCAGCUCGGAGACCUCCACCCCAGAGGAUACGCCCUCAGAGGCGGGGUCCUGAGCCCCUUGGUGGCCGCUGACCCUGGCCGCCUGGGCCAGCUAGAGACCUCGCGGAGCCCCCAGGGCUCGGAGGCGCCGGCCCCCGAAGAGGUGGGCCCUCAGGAGAAAUGGAUGGAGGGAAGGUUCUGGAAGGGGUGGUGCAGGGUCUGUAGCUGCCGCCCCACACCACGGAGAGCAGGCCCGGGGCUGCCCUGCCCCAGCUCGCUGGUGCUCCGUCGUGCGCAGUGCCUUCUCAGCGCUCGGAGCCUCGGGGCGCGGGGCCCCUCACGACAGCCCCCUGCGGGGCAGCGGGUGGCCUGGACGAGGCAGGCAGGGCGUCCAUUCCUUUAUUUAAUUUGCAGUGUACAAAUUGUGUUUGUAUAUAGGACAAUAAACUGUCGCGGACA